AUGAGCUUGUCUCGAGCGCUCAGCAGCGCUGCGGCCGCCGCGCCAAGCUCGCCCCUCGGCUGGUGGCACGAGUGCACCUGCAGGCCGGCCGCCGUCGAGCAGGGCCAGGGCCGCCUGUCUUUCGUCGAGCCCGAGGACGCCGAGCAGGGCCAGGGCCACCUGUCUUUCGUCGAGCCCGAGGACGCCGAGGAGUUGGACGACCUCGACGGGGGGCCUGCGGAGCACGCCCACGCGUCCUUCCUGCACAGCAGCAGCAUCCAGGGGCUCUGCCCUGCUGGAGCGGGCGAGGUCGCUCAAGGACGGCCUGCGCUCGAGCCUGCCGGCGGGGGAGGCCGUGCGGGGGGGCCUGCUCGGGGGCGCGGCGGGCCUGGGCGCCUCGGCGAGGGGCCUGUGGAGGAGGCUCCGGGGAGAUGGCGCGGAGGCGGCGGAGGGCUGCGGGGAGGAGGGCGGCGGCUGCGGGCCCGACUUCGUGGACGAUGA